UAUUGGUUUUAAAAUUUGUUUUUAUAGAAAUUUUUCGUUUUCGUUGUCCUUGUUUUAAUUUCGAUCGACUUCCGGAUCUAAGAGAAAAUGAACAAGCCUCCAAACAACAAGACAGCUGUGUUCAAAGUCUCGCGAGGAUCUACCACAAGUAUCGGUCCAUUACGAACUCAAGGACCUUUUUCAAGGGCUAAAAAUCCUCUUUCAGCUCGAACCUCUAUAAGUCGGGGCAACUUGCAGACUAAGACCAACGAACCUGAAUCUUUGGAUCAAGCUUCCACAAGUCCCAUGGCGUUACCUGGGUUCUUGGAUCGCCCCUCAGCAAACUGCGACCCCAUUCAGGCUCGGGGAUCUCUUCCUAAUGCCGCAGAACUUUUAUAUUCGGCUGAAGUAUCUGGAAAUCGCCGCCCCUCACAGAUUCGAGGACCCCUUCCUAAAACUAAAAUACCUGUCUUCUCGGGGAAUGGAAAUCAGGGGAGUGCUUCCAGAAAUCCAGGUCCCGCACAAAAGCCGGGAUCUAUUUUAUCGGAUGAAGCCUCCGCAAGUCCCAGUCGAGGAUCCGCUGCUAAGACCAAAAUACCUAUAUUCUCAGAGAGUAGAAUUCGGGGAAGUGCUUCUACAAGCCCCGGCCCAGUACAGACACCAGGACUGAAUGCUAACAAUCCAAUAGACACAAGUCAGCCAUGUGAAAGUCCCAGCCCCGUACAGGCACAAGAACGCAAGAUUACCGAACCUUUAUCCUCGGGAAGCAGGAAUAGGGAGAGUGGUUUCAGAUAUCCCGGCCUCAUACAGACGCAAGGACCUUUUCUUUCGAGUCGAACUCCUACAAGUCCGGACAUCUUUCAGAAUCGACGACCUAUUUCCAAGGCCAGCGAAUCUGUUUCCUCGGCAGUCAGGACUCGCGGAAGCCUGUCUACAAGUCCAAGUUAUAUACGAAGACCCAAGUCCAGCGUACCUGUAAAUACGGAUCCAGCCUCUGCAGGUGUCAGCCGAUUACAGUCACGAGGACCAAAUGCUACCAAACCUGUGCCCUCUGUUAGCAGGAAUGCUUCCAGAAAUCCCGACCCCCUGCAGGCCAAAGGACCUCUUCCGAAAUCCAGCGAACCCGUAUCCUCGGUGAAGAGAAAUUGCGGAAGUGUUUCCACAAGUCGUGGUUCAGGCUUGAAAUCAACCGGACAGGUAUCCUCAAAGCAAGCCUCUGCAAGUCCCGUCCCUGCGCAGCCACCAGGACUUACAGCAAACAAAUCGCUGACAAGAAAGAAUCAGGAUUUUGCAUCCAAAAGACCCGGCAACUUAACGAAUACAAAAAAACAAAUCACUUCGCCGGCCCGACGACCCGACCCGGCGAAACCUAAAGGGAAGCAAAUUCGCAAUAUGGAGCCGGAACUUUCUUCAAAACAGAACAUAAAAAGCUCACCCCCAACGAGCCCAGGACGCAAAUCCGAACUGGCUCCCACAACAAGUUUAUCCUUUGAAACUCAGUUGGCCGACGAGCUGGACAAACGUAAUCGCUCCAUAAUCGAACUGGAGAUGAAACUGGUGCAGAACCAGAAUCUGGUGUCCGAGCAGGCACUUCGUUUGGCCGAGAGCAAGGCAGUCCAAACAGCCAAGGACGCGGCCAUGGAACAACUGAAAUCCGAGCUGUUGACUGCCAAGGAUGAAUACGACCGGAUGCACUUGCGCUUAAAGGAUGCAGAUCUGGGUCUGGAGCAGGCCACCUGUAAGGUAAACAAGUACUUAGAGCGGAGCACUUCGUUCGAGGACGAGCUUAAGAAGGCUCGUGAUAUGAUCAAUAACCUGCAGGGGCAACUAAAAGACGCCAACACAAAUGCUGAAAUUCAUUGCCAAAGUAAAGCUCAGCUGCAACAGGAUGUUGAGAGGAUGCAGGGGCAGCUGACACUGGACUCCGACAGAAUUCUCAGUCUGCAACAGACCGAAAAGGAUUUGACGGAAGACUUGGAGAAGAAGGAGAGGCUCAUUAACAAGAUAAACCACGAGCUCGCCACCAGGGACGAAGAAUUUCGAAACCUUUUCGAAACCCUCCAGAACAAGCACACGCAACUGAGGAACCAGGAGCUCAGCAUCAAGCGGCUGGAAGAGCGGAAUGAGAGGAGUUCCCUAAACCGUUCCAAGCUAGAGGAACGGAAUUCCGCCUUGCUGGAUAAAAUUGAUCGACUUAAACAUAAUCUGCGGAACUAUUCCCAAAUGAUUAUUGCCAGUGAUGGUAAACCCUUUUUCGAAGAGGUUCCGACUCGCAUUAAUCCUGAUGUUGCCGACGGGCUGGAAGAGUCGCAGCAGAAAAGAAUGCCGAAACACCGGGAAAAGUAGUCUAGUAUUUCCGGAAGUCCAUUUUUGGUAUUCAAAUGUAGAACAAAUUGUUUACAUUUAUAAUUUAAGAUGAAAAAUAGAAACUUCCUAGCCAAUA